GCCCUCCAGGACCGAGUUUGGACAGCCCUGAUUUAGACACUUUUAUAGUUUGAAUAACUAAUAUUAGUCUUUAAGCAAAAAAAUAAGCACAUAUUUUAACCAUAGUCAUCCAUUGUAAAAGCGAAUUUGGCUCUGAUGGGAGUUCAGUUGGUGGUGAGCUUGCUGGCGGUCAGCAUAAUGCAAAGAAUGGCCCCACAUCUCUCCUUUGCACGCUGGCUCUUAUGUAACGGCAGCCUUUUCAGGUUCAAACAUCCAUCUGAAGGCGAGUUGUGUGCCCUCGCAGGGAAACAGAUUCCUAAGACCAGCAGGCGAGACAGGAGACAAAAUGGACAUGGAGAAUCCAAGCCACUCACAGUUCCGAAAGACAUCGAUCUUCACCUGGAGACUGCACCUGUAAAUGUCUUGGAUGCACUUGUUUUGCGGUUCUUUGUGGAGUACCAGUGGCUGAUUGACUUCGCCAUCUAUGCCACAGGGAUCUACCUCUUCACUGAAGGCUACUAUAGUGUAGUGGAUGCCAGCAAGGAAGUAAAUAUUGCUUCCAUCUGGUGUGUGCUGACUGUUUUCUUCUGCUUGAGGACGCUGUAUCUUCUUAUGAGCCACUACUUUCGCUCUGAGGAGGGUGGCGAGCGCUCGGUGUGUCUGGCUUUCGGCUUCUUAUGUCUUCUUAUUGCGAUGCUGGUUCUUGUAGUGAGAGAAGACUACCUGGAGUUUGGCCUUGAGCCCGGAUUUACCAGUCUUUUUGACAAUUUCGAGGUCUUUGCCAAACAGCAUGGCUACGAGUGGUCUGUUCCCUUCACCAAACUAUCAGUCAAGCUGGGUCUGGCUGUCAUUUGUGCCUUCAUUGGAGCUCUCCUUGCAUUCCCUGGAUUGCGAUUGGCCCAGACUCACCUAGAUGCCGUUCAGAUGAACGCAGACCGUCCAAUCAUUCAGAUCCUUUUGCACGUGGGUUUUCUGUCUCCACUGGUUAUUCUUGUUAUGUGGAUUAAACCCAUUGCUAGAGACUUCCUAGGGAACGCCCCCAUGGGAAAGACCUCACUUACCUUACUUUCUAGUUCUGCCUUUAACUCAGUGCGUCUUUGGACGAUUGUGGUGCUGUGUGUUUUGCGGCUGCUGCUCACCCGCUACCACCUGCAGGCCUACCUCAAUCUGGCUCAGAAGUGGGUAGAGCAAAUGAAGAAAGAGGCGGGGCGUAUCGCUGCCAUUGACAUCCAGAGGAAGGUGACACGAGUUUUCUGCUACUUGACUGUGGUCACCCUCCAGUAUCUAAUACCCAUUUUGCUUGUGCUUUUCUCAACUUUGGCGCUGAAAUCUUUAGGUGACUUUUCAUGGGGCCUUGGAACAGAGACUCCGGGUGUAACCCCGGCUCCCACAAUUCCCACCGCCCCUCCGCCCGCCCCCAGACUGGAAGAUGACGAGGAUAUAGAAGACAUGGAGGAGGACAUUCAGGCCACCGUAGCUCACCUGACCGAGCUGUUCGCUGCCUUACGCGGGGUCCUCACACCCAUUUUCUUCAGGGGCAUCUUUGCCUUUCUCACGUGGUGGGUUGCGGCCUGUCAGCUCAUUAGCAGCCUGUUCGGCAUCUACUUCCACCAGUAUCUGAUGCAUAACUGAAAAGUGCCCUGAAAUUAAGGUCUUUGUGCUGAUUCCAGUUCUUCAAGGAAAUGCAACAUCAACACAGUCAUGCAAACACAUCUGAUGCACCAACAAGAUGAAGGCUGGCUCUUCUAAACACACACUCAUCUAAACCCACUGUAUUUUGCCGGUACCUGCUGGAAACUUUUGUUCGGUACAAUCAAAGUGAAGAUGCUAGUUAACUGCAUGCAUAAGCUGUUUUGGUUUUCAUCAGAUCAUCAAUAAGCUCAUCAAAACAACGUAUAUUUUUUUACCUCAGAAGUUUUCAGUCACGUCACAUGCGUACCCAUUUGCGGUGAUCAUUUCAUUGAAAUGCAAUUCUUAGGGCCUGGUAACUCAGGGAUGUGGUCCAAAAUAGCGUUUCUUCCACCAGCACAAUAUCGUCAAGUGCAAAACCUGCAAAAACAGUUUAGCGCUGUAGUUCAUGGACUUGGUUGUUCAAAAAUGAAAUUUAAUUUCAUUUUGUACUUUUGCCUUGGAUGAUUUUUUUUAACAGAAUGUUAUGGUGUAUUUUAAAUACUGUGUUUGCUAUAUGGCUGAUGACACGUAAUAUACAGCAGCCCUAAUUAUUUUACCCAAAUGUUUCAUGAAUAAUCAUAUGUGAGGCAUAUGUUAAUUUGUUUCCCUGUUAUUGGACUACUGUCUUCAAUCAUAGGAUCAGAGGAAGUCAUCAGGGAUUUGUAUCAUUUAAGACAGUAGGCUUAAGACAAGAGAAUAAUUUAACACUGAAACAAUUAAUUUAUUCAUUUUCUAAUGUCAAUCAGCUUUCAUUUGAAUCAAAACAAUAAAACUGAUCAU